CCGUCCUAGUUGAUAUAGCCAAGCCAUUUCCUCGCUUAAAUUGCUUUAUAAAACCUUGUCGCCUUUUGAUGCAAACGUUUGAGUUUAUCUUUAGGCAGGGCUGAUAACAAGCUGGCGCGUUCAGUGUGUAUCAAAAUGUUUAUGGGGGCGGUUUCUGACUGGAUUUUGCUGCAAAUUAUGCACAACACCAGCCGAGGUUCCAGACCGAUGUGUCAGAUGUGACUUGGUGUUAAAUCAGUGGUAUCACUGCUAUCGCUUCACAUGUCCUGUACUGAAUUGUCCUAUAUCACAACAUGUAAAGAACCCGGAGCGAUGCUGUCCGGAAUGUAAAACUCACAAGGUCAUUGCAGGGAGCAUGAAUUUGACCGCUCUGCGUCGAUUGCAAUGCAAAUUUCGCGGAAUUCAUUAUCAGGUACAUGACACGUUUCGUGUAGAUCCAUGUACACGCUGUUCCUGUCAGCAUGGCGGAAUUAUCUGCCGGAGGUUUUCUUGGAAAUUGCAUAUAAUAAUAACACGUUCUUUAAAUUUCACAUUUUACCAUAUAUACUUUGCCACUUGGUUUUAUCAAUACAUCAAUUUCUCCUUUCUUCUCUGUUUUGAGCUUCCCUCAACUACACUGCAACACGGACUACUUCCGAGUGCCUGCGUUUCUUGCAAAGAGUGAAU